CCGGGGAAGGACGUGCUGCUCCCGCCCUCUGCCACGCCUCGCAUCCCUGCUCACACACACACGCAGCCGGUGCACCGAUCAAUCUAAACUUUGAACUCACGCGGAGAAAGUCGAUCACGGUAAUAUGAUAGACACUCCGUCACUCGCAAACGAUACCAAAAAAUAGACCUCACAUCGUUAUCGCCUUAAAAUAGUUUACAGUCGAGUAUAAAGAGGCAGCACAGGCUACACAGAGUUACGCAGCGUUACCACGACCUACCGCAGCAGUGGUAAACGUGAAGUUGUGCCCCCUGCUCCUUCCAUGUGCUGAGGACGUUACUGCUACCUGCUUUCCCACCCACUACCUGCUCUAACUCAGCCUGCUCCUCCCCGUGGAUCGCUUGUCGCCCCAAUAGGCAUGGCGGCAGUGUGGUGGCUGGCCUGGGCUUACUUAGUCCCUCUAGUCAGGGCUUUCUGUCCUCGCGGGUGUUCCUGCGACGAUUCUCUUCCCAGCGCUCGGUGUGUGGGCGCUGGCCUCAAUCUGGUGCCCAUCCUCUUCAAUCCAUCACUACGCCGCCUUGACCUCGCCCACAACUCCAUCGCGUCCCUGGAGCAAGCACUGGUGUUCCUCAACCUGCUGGAAGACUUAGACCUAUCUCACAACCUGCUGGAGUCGUUGGGAGUUGGCAACUUUGAGGCUCAAAGCAACUUGAAAAAACUGAGUGUCGCUCACAACAACCUGUCCACGUUGCUCCCGAGAGCCUUCACUGGCCUAACAGCGCUAACGCAUCUCGACCUGAGCUACAACAGCCUAGACGACCUACCUGAGGGCGUGCUGAACGACCUGCCUCAUUUAACUGUCCUCCAUCUAUCCCACAACCGCCUGUUUUUCUUGUCUCAGCAUGCUUUCCGUGGUCCAAAGUCUCUCCUUCUCUUGGAUCUCAGUGAUAAUUACUUCAGACACGUCCCCACUGAGGCGCUGCACGCGGCGGCGUCUUUACAAACCCUCCACCUGUGCCGCAACAGACUGACUGACCUCAGUCCCUCGGCCUUCACCAACCACGACCUCAAGCUACUUGCUCUCGACGGCAACAACAUUGAGCACCUCGACCAAGCCACCUUUAUGUCCCUGAAGCACCUGCAGAAUCUCAGCCUCGUCGGGAACUCUAUCAAUGAAGUCCCGACCAAAGCUUUAUCCUUCUUACCCAAGUUGGAGUUUCUCUCGCUCAGCAGAAACAAGAUCAGGGAAGUGAGAGCGGGGGCGUUUAGUGUCCAGAGUCUUCUCACGACCCUCGAGAUGUCCCGCAACCCAGAGCUCAAAGCGAUGUCACCAGAGGCACUGAGUGGCUGUGGUGAACUCCAACACCUGACACUCUCCCACAACCCCAAGCUGAAGCACCUGCCUAGCGGCCUGUUCAAGCCCCUUAAGAACCUGCGCAGCCUGGACCUCCGCGACAACGGUCUAAAGAGUUUGCCUGAAGUUGAGGUACCUUGGAAGACCCUACAGAAACUAGACCUGCGGGACAACCCGCUAGUGUGUAACUGCUCCGUGAGGUGGCUAGCACAGCUCGUCAGGUCUGCCAAUACCUCCAUAGCCUCCCGAGACCUACAGUGCGCGGCACCAGACAAGCUGAGGGGCCUCUACCUCUCUAGACUGACGCCACGCGAGCAGUUGUGUGGCGAGGGCGUGGAAACCGUGCUAGCCGUGGUGGCUGCAGCGGCAUCCUGCGUCCUGCUCCUCACCCUCACCUUGCUCCUCUACAAACACUGGCGGCGACGAAGACAAGGCAAGCUGAGCAGUAGUGAGUGGCCAGCCGACCCUUUGCCGCCCUGGACCCAGCAAGAGGGACACCGCCACCAUCGCCCGCCCGGGACGCCCUCCCUCACAGUGCCCCAUGCUGCUCCAAGCACCCGCGACUCUAACACCAAGUCACAGAGCGGAGUUCAUGUAUGAUAUGUACCAAUAAGAGUUGUAUAUUGGUCGAGCGUGCGUCUCUGUCACUCACUCACUCUCUCUCUCUCUCUCUCUCUCUCUCUCUCUCUCUCUCUCUCUCAAUCAAUCAAUCAAUCAAGAGUUUAAGGAGCAUUUCGACACAUCUUCGUAAUCAGAAGCUUGUCAUGUCCCUUUUCCAUAUAGCAGCAGCAGCAGCAGCAGCAGAUGCCUCCCCUCUUCCUCCUCCCAACAACGACUCCAAGUGCAUAAUCCGGCCUUACCAUCCCCACCUCUCCCCAUGACUUCAACUCUCCCCACAGUCCACACUGGCAUUCCUCCUCCACAACACACCAGGAAACUACACGAACAGGCAAGCGGACAAAGAGGAGGGUGGACAAGAGAAUCCCCAUCUCUAACAUGUUUCCCAAAAUCACAAAAAGAUGAAACAUUUUCUGUUUUUCUUUUGUAUCUGUAAAAUUUAAACACAGUUCUGACUGACUGACGGUCAGACGGACUGACAGACAGCCAGACUGUUCUUUAUCCACUUUUCUGAGCAAUCUUUUUUGUUUAUAUUUACUGACAAACUAUCUCUCCUUAAGAAAUUGUCAAUCAUUUGGUGACAUUAUACAAGUUUACACGAGUCUGUUCGUGUCCGUAGUUGCUCACCUACACACACACACACACACACACACACACACACACACACACACACACACACACACACACACACACACACACACACACACACACACACACACACACACACACACACAUAACUGUUUCCCGAAAAAAAUAUAUAUAGUACUGUCUUAAUACUCAUACUGACCAUAUACAAUUCCAACCACAUCCUUCUUCCACUUACUCAUUGCCUUUCAUGUCUUCAAAUGUGUCUUGUGUACCACGAGACACACACAAGGCACCCAUUAACCCAACCAUACCCUUCUUUCUCUCCCUUCCCCUCUCGAUCCUGAAAUCAAGUGUGUAACUGACCAAAGGAGAGACAAAUAUACCCACCAGCUCUAUCACCUUCCUUCCCUUCCUAUUCCAUCGUGUCCUUACCUUCAAGUGUCGUGUUUCCCUCCCUUCCUGGUCCUGCCUUCCACUGCUCUAUGUAUCAAGGCAUACACUCAACACUCACCGGUCCCAGCACACUCACUCACCACCAGCACCACCACGCCUAGUCCACAGCAUUGCUGAAACAUGCAAGAAUGGUAUACGUAUGUACUACUCGUAAUCUUAAUCCCUUGUACCAGGCCUCGAUGUUCAGAUUUUAUACGUAUAUUUUUGUACAGAAAAAGAAAAGAAAUGCAACAAAAAAUAAAAGAUAUGAAUGAAU